AUGGCCUCCCAGAUCCUUCCAUUAGAGCUGAUUGAUAGGUGCAUCGGCUCCAGGAUAUGGGUCAUCAUGAAGACCGAUCGCGAGUUCACUGGAACUCUCCUGGGCUUCGACGAUUUCGUUAAUAUGGUCCUGGAGGACGUGACAGAAUAUGAAGAAACGCCGCAAGGCAGGAAAACGACCAAGCUCUCCCAGACACUUCUCAACGGCAACAAUAUCUGCAUGCUUAUCCCUGGUAGUGCUGGACCCGAGGAAUCGAAGGAGUAG